GCGGCGCGGCGGCCGCCGGCCCUUCCCCGCCCCCCGACAUGGGGAUGCCCGGGGAGCUGGACUCUGCGGACGGCGGCGGAGGAUGCGCCCGGCGCCCCUGAGCCGGCCGAGCGGGCGGACCGCGGGAUGAAGAAACAGGCCCAAAGAAGUCAUGCCGCUUGGUUAAGAUCCCAAAGCACGUCAGAACCAGAUUCAGGAUCAGAAACCCGGCGCCUGGCUCUCUAGUCUCCUGAGGAUCGCUCUCCUCACUGGCAAGGUAAGGGACGCCACUCCAGUUGAAGAGGGAUAAGGUUUUCACAGCUGUGCUUCUUGCUUGUGGAGGCUUGGCUACUCCCUGGUCACCCUUCCCUCCAUCUCCUUGCAGCCUGGGACACACAGAAUUUUCCACAAAAUGGAAUCAAGUAAAAAAAUGGACUCUGCUGGCGCCCUGCAACCCAACCCACCACUAAAGCUGCAGUCUGACCGUGGCCCCGGGUCUGUGUUCGUCCCCGACCAGGGAGGCUACAAGGAGAAGUUCGUGAAGCCAGUGGAGGACAAGUACAAGUGUGAGAAGUGCCGCCUGGUACUGUGCAACCCCAGGCAGACCGAGUGUGGACACCGCUUCUGUGAGAGCUGCAUGGCCGCCUUGCUCAGCAGCUCUAGUCCAAAAUGUACUGCGUGUCAAGAAAGCAUCAUGAAAGACAAGGUGUUUAAGGAUAACUGCUGCAAGAGAGAAAUUCUGGCUCUCCAGAUCUAUUGUCGGAACGAAAGCAGAGGCUGUGCAGAGCAGUUAAUGCUGGGACAUCUGCUGGUGCACCUGAAAAAUGAAUGCCAGUUUGAGGAGCUUCCCUGUGUGCGCGCAGCCUGCAAAGAAAAAGUGCAGAGGAGAGACCUGCGUGAUCACGUGGAGAAGGCCUGCAAAUACCGCGAGGCCACGUGUAAUCACUGCAAGAGCCAAGUCCCGAUGAUCACGCUGCAGAAACACGAAGACACAGAGUGUCCUUGUGUGGUGGUGUCCUGCCCUCACAAGUGCAGCGUCCAGACUCUCCUGAGGAGCGAGUUGAGUGCACACUUGUCAGAGUGUGUCAAUGCCCCCAGCACCUGUAGUUUUAAGCGCUAUGGCUGCGUUUUUCAGGGGACGAACCAGCAGAUCAAGGCGCACGAGGCCAGCUCUGCGGUGCAGCAUGUCAACCUGCUGAAGGAGUGGAGCAGCUCCCUGGAGAAGAAGGUUUCCUUGCUGCAGAAUGAAAGUGUAGAAAAAAACAAGAGCAUACAAAGUUUGCACAAUCAGAUAUGUAGCUUUGAAAUUGAAAUCGAGAGACAAAAGGAAAUGUUGCGGAAUAAUGAAUCCAAAAUACUUCAUUUACAGCGAGUCAUUGACAGCCAAGCGGAGAAACUGAAAGAGCUGGACAAGGAGAUCCGCCCCUUCCGGCAGAACUGGGAGGAAGCCGACAGCAUGAAGAGCAGCGUGGAGUCCCUGCAGAACCGCGUGACGGAGCUGGAGAGCGUGGACAAGAGCGCGGGGCAGGCGGCGCGGAACACAGGCUUGCUGGAGUCCCAGCUGAGCAGGCAUGACCAGAUGCUGAGUGUUCAUGACAUCCGCCUGGCCGACAUGGACCUUCGCUUCCAGGUCCUGGAGACCGCCAGCUACAAUGGCGUGCUCAUCUGGAAGAUCCGGGAUUAUAAGCGCCGGAAGCAGGAGGCCGUCAUGGGGAAGACCCUGUCUCUCUACAGCCAGCCCUUCUACACCGGCUACUUUGGCUAUAAAAUGUGUGCCCGCGUCUACCUGAACGGGGAUGGGAUGGGGAAAGGGACUCACCUGUCGCUGUUUUUUGUCAUUAUGCGUGGAGAAUAUGACGCUUUGCUGCCUUGGCCGUUUAAGCAGAAAGUGACGCUCAUGCUGAUGGAUCAGGGCUCCUCCCGGCGCCACCUGGGCGACGCCUUCAAGCCGGACCCCAACAGCAGCAGCUUCAAGAAGCCCACCGGGGAGAUGAACAUUGCCUCCGGCUGCCCCGUCUUCGUGGCCCAAACCGUUCUGGAAAACGGGACGUAUAUUAAAGAUGAUACCAUUUUUAUUAAAGUCAUAGUGGAUACUUCGGAUCUGCCUGACCCCUGACCGGCAGCGGGGCGGUGGAUUUCGCGGAAGGUAACUCCUCUGGGGGGCGGAGCCGGUCUGUCUUCACUGAGGUCCUCGCGCUCUCUCGGAAAGGGACCUUGAGGGGAAGGAGGCGGCGGGAGGCGCCACACGUGAACACAGACCCCGAUGCGUUUUCUACUAGACUCAGCCACACUCCACUCUGAAGAACCACUCACCCUUCAGCAAGAUCAAUACUGCUGUCAGAGAAGAUUCAUCUUCAUUUCCACAGUUCUAGUUCAUUAAGGCGGAAAACAUAUAUGCUAAACAAAAGAAACAUGAUUUUUCUUCCUUAAACUUGAACAUCAAACAAAGAAAACACACAUGGGGAUGGCUGGACAUGUCAGCAUGUGAAGUAAAAGGAGAAUUUAUGAAAUAAUAACACAGUUCCGAUAUAUUCAUUCUAAAAUUCAGAGUGCAAUCUUGUUUCAAAUACAGUAUAUUGUCUAUUUUUCAGGCCUCAUCUGGUCUCCAUUUUAAUAAUUUGCUUGUCAGAAGACCUUGAAGUAUACCCAGGUCUUUGUUUUUUUUUAAGUCUCUAAAUUCAGAAAUCAUUUUUUAAUUUAAAGUUCUAUAAAUAAUUGUUACUGCAAACAUUUUAUUUUAAAAUGUUGAAGGACUGAUCUAUCUUGGAAGGAAAUGUAACUAUCAAACACUGGUUAUCACUUGUGAUAGGAGAGAGAAUAUUCAACCUGUCCUUAUUUCUCGUUAGAAAUGCAAACCUUCACUCUCUGUCGUAGUUGAUGACACUACUUCAAAAUCAAGACGAAAGGGACAUUGCUCAUGGAUGCUGUGCAUCAUUCGCAGACUUAUAAUUGUUUUCACCCUAAAAUAGGGCGUUCGUUGAACUUUGGAGUUCUAAACAAAAUCCUGUAGGUUUUUAAGCUUCUGCCCCAUGUCUAACAAGCUCCGCGGCGGGUGGGGG